ACGUAGAGGUUUUACUCUGCACGCCUCGAGCCAGGGACCAGGGUCCCUGCGGGCAGCACAGGGCUCUCUCCGGAGAAACGCGGGGUGUAGGGACCGGGACAAAAGCUAGGGAAUCUCAGGUUCACAAUAGGAAGGUCCCAGCACCCGCGGGAUUCCCUGCCGCGGUAGUCUGCAGUGGGGCCUGGGCACCGCUCUCCUGUCACCCGAUGAAAGAGACAGUAGGUUGCAAGAGAGUCUCUGUGGACCAGGGGCAUCUAGAAUUAAGGUAGGUGACACCCGCUGCAGGCAUUCCACGUGCCUCUGAGCAGGCCCCUUCCUGCCUCAGUGGGUCUAGCUGGGACUGGCGCUUUAAACAUCACCCCGUCACUCCUGCUCUCUGGGGAGCCUGCAGUCACAGGGACACAGGGGACUCACAUCUGGUGCCAAGUUCCUGGCUUGUGAUCUUGCCACAGCUCCUGAGCAGCACUGUGAGUAGGAGGGCUCAUCCCCAUUUCACAGAUGGCAAAACUGAGGCCUCCCGAGGAAGGGGGUUUAGUCCGAACACUGGUGAGAGGUGUCUCUGAGCCCACAGCUGGUCCCCCCUCUGGUACCAAAUAGCCUCUGACACUGAAGGGCAGCUGGGGCCAGACACUCAGGUUGGGGCUGUAGCUCCAUCAGCCAGACCAGCCUUUCUGGUUGUCUGUCACGCAAAUAGGAUAGGUUGGCACAGGCCCUAAACACUGCAUGGCCCCGAGUGGAAUUCUCGGGCCUCGUGGGGUUAAGAGGAGAAGGGUCUGUCUGUUGAGGGUACCUGGGGAGGAUGAUAAGAGCUGGGGUGGAGGAGGCCAGGCUUCCUGUCUAAUCAGGGUGCUCUACCCAUGCCCCAGUUAUGGGACCAGGCCCUCAGGAAAUGGGCUGGACAGCCGAGCUGGUGGAGGCCGAGGGGCAAGUGGCCUCUUCUGAGCCUGCAGAGUCUGCUGGGCUUGGGGCCAGCCCCUCCCCCCUCCCUCCCAUCGGCUGCUUCAGUUUCGUCUCUGCGGUGGCGGGUCUUCCCACUUGUCACCUAGGGUCAUUUUAGGGUCACUCCAUGUCAUUUCGGUGAACUGAAGCUACAGCUUGGGGUGUGUAUUCUUGGGGAUGGGGCGGGCGGGCCACCUCCUGGUAAUGGGUCACACCAUUACCACAGAGGUUCCUGCCUGAUUCUCCCUCUGGGCUAGUCAGGCUUCCUCUGGUGCUCCUCCUUGCUUGGACAGUCCAGAUACAACAGGGCAGGUGGAGGACUGAGAAGCUGGUCCUUUUGAGUCAGAUGUUGUGGCUUCCAGGCUCAAGCUAUUGACCACAGGGUUAUUUUAAGCGAAAUAACACCCUUGCUGGGGAGAGACUAGAUGGGAUGGGCCCUCAGGAAGGGCCUAGAAACAGAAGCUUUUGUGAAGGUCUUGUCACCCCAUUUGGAAGCAAGCAGGGUAAGGUGGAAACCAGGCAGUGAGGGUCCCACACUCAAGUUGCUGUGACUCCGGGCAUCCCUGUGCCUUGCUGACAUGUAAAAGGCUUCCUGGGGCCCUUUGCUCGGGGCCUGAGGUCCCCAAUCCUAAGCCAACAAUAGGGGACAGGCUCUAUUCUUCCUGUGGUCCCAGGACAGCAGUUGUGUUUUUGCUUGUGGUAUAUUUCUGUGACCCCAAAGCUAGAUAAGAACUGUGCAGGGAGGCAGAGGGAGGAGGCGGAGGCUGGUCUCAGUAGGAAGAGUAACCACUGCGUGGCUGUGAAAUUUUUAGACCCGUUCUUGUUGUCCCAAGGAAUAGCAGCCUGUGUCCUGUCUCCUCACCCGAGUCUGAUGGAGUUAGAAAGGCCUAAGCCGAGGCGAUGCUGAAAAUGGUGACCUUCUUCCAAGGGCUUCCUGGCCAACAGUCUGUGCUGGGGACCCUGGACUUCCCUGGAAGCCCCCCAAAGCCACGCUCCACAUCUGAGGCGGAACCAGAGGCCUCCAUGUCAGAGGCUUCUUCCGAGGACCUGAUGCCAUCCCAGGAGGCUGGGACGGCUCGGGAUGGGGAGGAGGAAGAGUCUGCAAAGAAGGAGAAGAAGAAGUCCAAAGGACUGGCCAACAUGUUCAGUGUCUUCACCAAAGGGAAGAAGAAGAAGAAAAAGGGCCAGCCCAGAUUAUCAGAUCCUGAGGUCCAGCCCAAGUCCAGGCCGGAGCUAGAUGGUCCACCGCCCACAGUGGAGGAGCUCAAGGAGGCCCUGGAGAGUGGGCGGCUGGAGGCCGCGUGGCAGGUGCUGGCACUGGAGCGGGAGCUGGAGGCUGAGGCAGCGGCGAGCCGCAGGAGCAACGAGGAGCUGGUGCGCCAGCAGAGCAAGGUGGAGGCGCUGUACUUGCUGCUGCGCGACCAGGUGCUCGGGGUGCUGCGGCGGCCGCUGGAGGCGGCACCCGAGAGGCUGCGCCAGGCGCUGGCCGUGGUGUCACAGCAGGAGCUUGAGGACCGUCGGGCGGCCGGGGCACCCGUGGCGGCCGUGCUGGUGGCCACGCGCCCCCGGCGCUGGCUGCAACUGUGGAGGGACAGUGUGGCGGAGGUGGCGGCGGAGCGUCUGGACGCGCAGCCUGCCGUGGUGCCCGAGGGUCGCUCGGAGGCCGAGACCAGGUUCCUGCACAUGGGCUGCACCAUGAAGGAGGACCUGGUGGCGGUGGUGGAGCGGCUGAAACCGCUGUUCCCUGCCGAGUUCAACGUUGUGCACACCUAUGCCGAAAGCUACCACGCGCACUUCGCAGCCCAACUGUGCACCUUGGCGCAGUUCGAGCUGUGUGAGAGGGACACCUACUUCCUGCUGCUCUGGGUGCUGAACCUCUACCCCAAUGAUAUUCUGAACAGCCCUAAGUUGGCAAAGGAGCUACAGGGUAUCAGGCUUGGGAGCCUCCUGCCCCCGAAGCAGAUCAGGUUGCUGGAGGCGGUGUUCCUGUCCAAUGAGGUGACCAAUGUGAAGUUACUGAUGACCCGAGCCUUAGAGCUAGAGUCUCAGCGCUGGGCCCGGGAUGUGGCUCCCCAGAGCCUGGAUGGCCACUACCACAGUGAGCUGGCAAUCGACAUCAUCCAGAUCGUCUUACAAGGCCAGGACAAGGCCGAGAACAUCACUCCAGAAGUGGGGGUACAGAUAAGACAGUUGCUACUGGUGGAGCUGGCUGCACUACUGAGGAGCUACCAGCGCACCUUUGAUGAAUUCCUAGAGAAGAGCAAACUGCUGACAAAUUACAGGGCCAACAUCAUCGCCAACAUCAACAACUGCCUGUCCUUCCGGACAUCUGUGGAGCAGAAGUGGCAGAUACCUCAAGAUACCUUGAACCACAUGCUGGAUCCCUUGAAAGAUCUUAAGGCUCAUGGCUUCGACACCCUGCUCCAGAGCCUGUUUUCAGACCUGAAGCCACUGUUCAAGAAGUUCACACAGACCCGCUGGGCAACGCCAGUUGAGACCCUGGAGGAAAUCAUCGCUACUGUGGGCAUCAGGCUGCCUGAGUUCUCGGAACUGAAGGACUGUUUUCAGGAGGAGCUCAUGGGGGCCGUGCACCUGCACCUGGUGAAGGAGUACAUCAUUCGGCUCAGCAAACGGCGCGUGGUCCUCAAGACCGAGGAGCAGCAGCAGCAGCUGGCAAGGCACAUCCUCGCCAAUGCCGAAGUCAUUCAACAUUUCUGCACUCAGAAUGGCUCCAACGCAACCUGGCUGAACCAGGCCCUCCCUAGGCUCGCUGAGAUCAUUCACCUGCAAGAUUCCAAUGCCAUUAAGAUUGAAGUGGCCACAUAUGCCACCUUGUACCCUGACUUCAGCAAAGGCCACCUGAAUGCCAUCCUGGCCAUCAAGGGAAAUCUCCUCAGCAGUGAAGUCAGGAGCAUCCGGAAUAUACUGGACAUCAACACAGGGGUGCAGGAGCCUUCCAGGCCCCUAUUUUCACUUAUAAAAGUUGGUUAACUUUUCCAAAUGUCUGAUGUGCUAAUGAGCACGCAGCGAACAUCAGGCACCACCCCGGUUGGGGAUGCUCAGUGGCACUGGCACCGUGACCCAUCACCAGCCUCCCACAUUCUGCUGCCGUUUCUCCCAGCCUCGGCUCUGGAACAAGACCUGGCAGCCAGGAUUGGACAGACCGCUGUCCAGUGGGGGCCAGAACCCACUGUGGGCCGUUGCCCUGUGAGCACGCAAGAAUUUUCUCAUAAAUGAUGGUUCAUCUUGGGUGGAGUGCCCCCUACCUUCUACAUUACAGUCUGUCUCCUAAUGGCGCCCCCUCAGGCGGCUCUGAGUAGCCCCCUCGAGCUCCCUAGCACCAGUGACGAAGCCACAUCCUGAUUCCUUCAGCCCAUGGGCUGCCAUGAGAUAGAGCUGAAAACGAAGAAGGAAAAGGUCAUCUUUGUACCUGGGGCCUGGAAGGAGCCUUGUGAGAUGCUGUGGCAGUGUUGGCAUCAGAACCACUUCCAUAGUGGUCCCCGACCCUGCAAGUAGCUCCUGGUCCCACUUGGCCUGGAGGACCCACUCCUUCACUCCCGUAGGUUGCCUCUGUGUGGGUAAAGCACAAGGCUGCCUGGGUUCUCUCAGGCCACACCUUCCCCCAUGUAGGAAUAAGCCCCUCCGCAGGCCCACCCUCUGAAGUCUGGGCAGGAACUCAGGGGUCCGCCAAGUGCUUGAUCAGCUUCCUGUUGGUGUUGUACCAUGUUUCCUCACAUCCACUGAGUGGGUUUGAACCACAACUUUUCUUACAGUUCUGCAAAUUUGUGAACUGUGACCCAGGCUUGGAAUCUAGGUGUGGUGGGGGCCCAUUGCUCCUGGAGGCCCCAGGGAAAAAUCAUUUCCUGGGCUUCCCCAGUUUUUACAUGCUACCCACAUCUCUUGUCUGAGGCCCCUGUACCUUCAGAGC